AUGCAGCAUUGCACAACUCCAGGCUUUCCAGAGGGCAGUGAGCCACAGUGUGUACAGCCAGCCUGCUGCAGCCCAGCAUUCGGCAGAGCUGCCACCUGCCAGAUCAGGCUGCCCACAGCCUCAUCCCACCUGGCCACGGUACUCAGCGGAGCACAACACCUUUGGGCUACAGCACUUUGCAGGACUCAUUUCACCAUGACCUCUUUUGAAGAAGAUGAAACUGAAGAAACAGCAACAUGCCUCCACAUGACGUUUUACCAUCCUUGCCAACAAGACAAGAUGAUGUUUCGUUGCUUGAAUUUCUGUAAGCGAGAACAGGUCAGGGCAGAUGAAAUGGCCAAGUUUGGCCGUGAUUCUAACGUCUGCCAUUAUAACUUAGUGGAUACUCGUGUUUCUCGGAUCCAGUUUUCACUGCAGUUCUACAGAAAACUUAACAGCUCAGAAUUUUGUUUUGAGAUAAAGAACAUGAGCAAGAAAACAAAGUUGAUGGUAGACCAAACAGAACUGGGUUACUUAAACAAAAUUGAUCUGCCAUGGAAGUGCAUCAUUUGUUUUGGAGACUACCAGAUUUUAGCAGAGAUUCAAGAAGGAGAGGCCAUGGAUUAUUUCGAGACUCACUUACACUUGGCUAAAGUGCCAAUCUUACAAGAAAGUUGCCUGCCAUCUCUGCAACCCAUACCCGAGAAAGGCAUUUUCCCUUCCUUGUCUCCUUCCCAAGGCAAAAGCCCCAUAGAGAUUGAUGAAAAUGAGUCAUGCUAGCAGCAAGGAGGAAGCUGGAUGAGUUUUUGAACAUGUGAAGCCUGCACAACUUCAAGAGCUGAAGGCGAUCAUCUCAACCCACUGUUUCUAAUGGUUCUCACUGCUGUAUAUCAGCCCCCUUACACACAAUUUCCCAUACAGACAUACCAGGUGUCUCAAUCCAAUUAUUGGAGGAGGUGGUUCGACAUAUGUACACUCGGAGGAAGAUUAAGGCAGCAAGAUGCCAAAUGCUGUCAACUGACUUAUUAAUCUCAGACGAGGGCUGCUGAACAAGCUCUGAGGCAAUUUUUUUU